GCAGGAGCGAGGACCGGGAGUGGUUAGUUGACGGGUGUUGAGUUAUUUUCGUGACAUCCUUAGCUCGUCGAUCAAACGACGGGCGACUGAUCCGUCAGAAAGGAUACUUUUCGCGUGUACGUGCUCGAAAAAUGUAAUAUGGCGAUGGUCGCGUCGAAUAUGAGCGGCCACAUCCAGAAGCAGCUCACCCGAAGCCUCGAGCGAAUCCUGGAGGAAGCACACUUGAGCGGAGAGCUCAAGCUCAGCGGCCGGAAGCUAAAGGACUUCCCGAAAGUCGGGAAAACUGGCUCCAGCAAAUACAACCUCCAGGAUACGGUUUUCGCUGAUCUGUCAAAGAACCGUUUCGCCGAAUUACCGGAAGAGGUCACGGAAUUUCCGUUUCUCGAGAAGCUUCACCUCUACCACAAUGCCAUACGAAUCAUACCGGAAACUGUGGCGAUGCUGCAGUCCCUCAACUACCUCGAUCUUAGCCGCAACCAAUUGACGUCUCUACCUCGAGAGAUAUGCAGGCUACCGCUGCAAACUUUGCUGGUCGCUCACAAUAGAUUAGCAUCUUUGCCCGACGAAUUGGGCAGAAUGUCGGCGCUGGCCGAGCUCGACGCUGGCUGCAACGAAAUCACGAGCCUGCCACCUCGGAUGGGCGACCUUGCGCGACUCAGGUCCCUGGACUUGAGGAGCAACGUGCUCGUGCACCUGCCUAUAGAACUGACGUACCUGAGACUCGUGAAGCUGGAUAUCAGCGGGAACCGAAUAUCCGUGCUUCCGAACGAGAUGAGGAAAAUGAAGAGCCUGGUGGACUUUCGACUGUCCGACAAUCCUCUGACCUCGCCGCCUGCCUCGCUAUGCAUUCGCGGGCGAACGCACAUCUUCAAAUAUUUGGAGAGACAGGCGGCGAAGCACGAGAGGGCCAGGGGAGGCCGCGUCAGGAGAACACCCUUGGACGUCAGAGGUCACGCGACUUUGGACACGAGGGCCCACAGACGGCACAACGUCGACAGCGGGUACAGCACCAGCGACGGCGUCGACAAACGCUGGUCGCAAGAAAUCCACAGCGCGGUGCACGACGGCGAGAUUCGAGGACUGUGGCGGCAAGAGUGUUCGCCGCUCUCGAUAACUUUGCCCCACGAGACGACUGUGAACGGAUCCUGCAGCGGAACGUCGACUCCCAGCACCAUUUCCCCAGGCGAGCACACGUCCCUCGAGGAUGAGCUCGGCAAGGCCAUGAUACUGCACGAUCAGUUGGAAAAGAGGAGGCUGGAGAGGAGCACCUCGGAGAACGGCGCCGAUGUCAGACGACCGAUGACCUCUGGCCUCUACCACGCGUCAAUUACUCCACCCGGCCCUCUCGAAACCAGUCACUUGAAUCAAACGCAGUCGGUGCCGACCAACACCCAGCCGGUCCAGCCCUUGCUCAACCCAGCGAACUCUAUCUCUUUGGCGAACGGCGACGAGAAGAGGCCUCUCAAUCAUAUCCAAACGUACAGAGAGUACAAGGAGGCACUGAGGCAACAGAGAGUCAACGAGGGCCCAAGCGUGUACAGGCCACGAGAACAGGUUACCCCGCCAGGCAACGAAUCGCAGAGCAACGAGACUGACUCUACCAGCAACAAGGAAGCCCUAGCUCUGACUGGGAAACAAAUCUUCAACGAGGAGAACGCGACGAAGAGACCAGUGCAGAAGGUGACGCCGUCGCGCAUCAACUACCAGAACACGCCGAUCAUCAACGGCAGCAACAACGAGUACAACAACAAGAACGGGAAGUACCUCGAGCAGCCGUACAAGAAACCUAAUUCACCGAUCAAAACCUCGUCGAGCAUCUUAUCCUCGGGAUCCAGUCCCGGACACACUCCUAGACUAGUCAAAACCGCUGUAGGUUACGUGGAAGGUAACAAGAGUCCCAGCAGAAACGGCGGCAGCCCAAAGUCGCCCCGUUCGGUCACUUGGAACAGCAACGUGCCAGAGAAGUACUCCUUCACUAUGAGAAGGGAGUUCGAGCGUGCCAAGGAAGAGGCUGACUUGAUCGAGCAGCUACGAACCCACAUAGAAACGAGGCUGAAGAUGGCUUUGCCGGAGGACCUCGCCCCAGCGUUGACGGACGGAGUCGUCCUCUGUCAUCUGGCGAACCAUGUGAGACCCAGAUCGGUUGCCAGCAUCCACGUUCCUUCCCCAGCCGUGCCAAAGCUGACAAUGGCGAGAUGCAGGCGUAACGUCGACAACUUCCUCGAGGCGUGCCGGAAGAUCGGCGUCGACGAGGAGGUGUUAAUGGACGCGGACGCAAUCAUGGACGUGGGUUACAUGGACGCGUACGGGCUGGAGGCUCUGGCGCGUCUCGUCUCCGCUCUUCUCCUUCUCCGCGACGAAGGAGAGAACGAUACCGAAGAAUCGGCCUCAGGUUCAUCCCGUACGAUUCAGGAUCGCGUUCUGUCCGUCAUGCUUCUCACGGCAUUCCUGUCCACCUUUGUUCUCCUCUAUCUGUUCCCUAUCCCCGACUAAAGAAAGAGCGACGAAGACGAGAACGCCAGAGCGCUAAACGACGGAACGAACGACGCUCGCAAGAGAAAACCACCAUCGAAGAUUAUUCCGACCUAUCGAGACGCCACUCGACGCGACGGCUCGCAGAGUACGCGUUCUCGAUCCUCCGAUGAGCGGUCGACGGAUUUUUCCUGUCGAUCCUUCAUCGCGGAUCUCGAUGAAAUCAUUCGGUACCUCUAGAGCGCCACGAUACUUUUGCGUACUCUCUGACAGUCUUCGACGAUUGUUUAUGUUUUGGGGCAAAGCAAGCUUGAAGCAAUUUUGCAAUGCCACUGGGAACGCCAGCUUCCCUUUGUUUUUCUUCUUUUUUUUUGAUCGAGUCGUGGCACUUUGACACCUCGAUAUACCGUUAGCUCUCCCAACAUUUGGCUCGCGAGGAGCGGUCGCCUAAUUGUUAAUCUCCAAUUUUUUUAACACUCGACACCGCGUGCAGAUCGUUCAAAAUAUUACACUGUAUUAAUGUCAGGAGAUAAAAGCAGGGUCACGUAUACUUCUGGCCAAUAAUCAGGUCCCGAUCGGAUGCGUAAUGUUAUCGACAAGACUGCAUUAUGUCUAAGCAAAAGACAAUAGCAUAUAAAGUAGGUAAUCAAACUAAUAUUAACGAGACGUAAAUAAAAUAUAAAAAAAACGCGAGAACAAUGAUGAAUGUAUCUAUCAUUUGUUUACAGUAAGCAAACACUGCCAAGCCCGUGCUUCCACGCAGAAUGUCCAUAAACAUGCAAAAUCAAAGUCGUAAUGAAAACAUGUGUCUUUCCAUUUGCUUUUAUGCGUUCGAUGAUGACGUGAUUAAUUUUUAUCUCUCGCGCGGCACCGUUUGCCAACAGAGGAAAUUCCAGUGUGAUAUUUUUCAGCUUUCGAUCCGUGUGUUUAAAUUUAUUAAAAUUGGAGACCGUAGAUAGGCGACAUUCCUCGUUAGUCGACGGAAUCGCGGCGCUAGCUUUAACAAGGUUCGUUUCUUCAUCUCCGUCGUUUGUAUUCCAGCGCCUCGGCGAAUAAGUAUUCAUUAGUCGUUAAGUGUAUCAACUUGGGCAGCUUGAUCGUGCAUUUAGUCCGCCUAGUUGUAGGAAUCGCUAAGUAGCGCAUUAGGUUAGUUAAGUUUUCGGUACGGCUUUUUUUGGCGCCGCUAGAGAUGGGAUGGAUACCAGAUACUACCAUAUCAUUUUAUAUAAAAUCGUUUUGAUACCUAUAUACCUAAAACUGUAUGUGAUAAUCGAUACUCUCGUGGAGGUAUUACAUGAUUUUUUCCAUGUAAUUUACUCGAACAAUUUCCAAGUUAUUAAGAAUAAUCCGGAGACGCUAAAUGGGGGCUCAAAAAUGGAAAUUAACACGUUCGCGCCGGCGUGUACCACCGGUGGGUCAUGUCUGCACGUGUAUCGGAUGGCGUGCACCACCGCGCCGCCCCCAUGGGCGAGAAUGCAUAUAGCAGCGCCGGCGUGAACGUGUUAAUUCAUGGACCCUGAUUCUAUGUUCUCUACGCUUCGACACUGUUUAACGUUUCCAAUACUUUGGUAUCGAACUGUUCGAAUAUCAUAAAUGGUAUUAAUCCUAUCGCUAGGUAUAGCCUUCGACGAAUGAGAACGUGAAAUCAAAGAGCGCAAUCAAAGCUGCUGGAACGCUUCUCGCAUAUCAAACUCGAUCGUCUCGCGAAAACAUACCUUGAUCGACGAUCUAAUCGACUCGACGUCGGCCCAAGGUGUUUCUUCUCGCGUAAUUUUUCUCUCGCCCAAGUCUAGAUACAAUAAUUUCGUUGCCGACGAAUCUCUCUCGGUCCCGAUACACCAAUUUAAAGGAAGAAACGAAUCGAUUCUCACGGCUGGUAUCGCGUAGUAUAACCCGCAAUCGCGACGGUGGCCAGAGUCUGGCACAAUUUUCGUCUGGAUAAAAAUUCCCGAAUAACGAAAAUAAAAGACGAACAAUUUUCCAUUCGUCGAUGAAUGAAGAUUGGUACCGUGGAUGGAAAUGAUGUUUCGCGCGAUAUAUAAAAAUUCACGUUCAAUCGUAUACAAAUUUUAUUCGUCGUCCGCUGUUCGAAUAAAAAUCGUGCCCGUCGCCGAUUGGCGGUGUUGAAACAGAGAAAUGGGAAGAAAGAAACGUUCGUGUAUAGCCUCGGAUGGUAGUAUUUUUUUAAACGUUCGACCAAUGAAAUCGCCUACGGCUCUUUCAGGAUUGAUGGGUCUGUGAUAGGUAGCCUUCGUGUACUACAGGAUUCGCAAACAAGGUGCUAGAAAUCUCUUUCGGUUUCAAAGAUUUCCUAUUUUGGUACGUAGGUCUUAACGCACAUUUUUCGAACUUCUAUCGAACGAACCGCGAUUUCACCGUUCAUUUCUUCUUCGCUAUCAAAUUCUCGGUUUUCGUUUGCGCCACGUCCGGGACAAGAAGAGCUUUCGUUUUAAUGGAAAGAGCCAGAGUUGGGCAGCGGUUCCUUUCUCGUUGCUUUGCUGUCUCCUUUUCGAUUAUCGCUCGAAACUUAUUGAAUCAAUCAGAAAAAUCAUCGCUGUUCCCUCGGUAACAGAGAGCUGGGCAUUAUCUAGAUCGAACAAUUAUUUAAGUAAAAAAGUCUUUCGAGUUACUUUCCAUUUUGCCCAACGCUGGUGGGGACCGCGUGUAAUCGACACACCACUCAUACAAACACACACAAUUCACCGACCGAGCUGUCUCGGUCGUAGCCUAAGAUAAUUCUACAUAUUUUCGUAUGAUCGCAAACUGAAUCGGGAGAAACGAAACGUAGCGGGCGUACAACAAAGAACGUGUAUCAUUUAGUAUAUAUAUAUAUAACGCGCGUAUAACUUAUUCUUAAUAUAUUCGUACGGUAAGAGAUUAUUGUCUAACGGUAAGAGUUUCAGGAGAAACGGGUCCUCGAAUUGCACGAAACAAAAGCCAAUUUACUUCCGAAUUUUGCGUCGAAUUUCGUAUACAGGGAUGGCCAUUCCAUUCGAAACUUCGUCGAUGAAAGAUGCGGUUUUAGUGAGCGGCGGACCACUCUGUGCUUUUCGCAGUAGUCCAGUGCCAAACGCGACGAAUAACCAGAGACGGGGAUGACACUUAUCUGGAUAAAUAAUUCGAGUAACGAAUAAAUGGUCAGUAACUGUCCAUUCGUCUCUUUUUGAACGAAACUUAGGAUUUGAAAUGCAGAAUGAAGUGUUUUGAAUACAUAAAGAUUUCAUUCUUUGGUUGAAUAAAUUAUGAUUGGAGAGUUUUAUAAAAGCUCGCCCGUCUCUGUCGUAGCGACUCCGUUUCUCCCUCGAGCUCCGCGUCGCUGCUACAUCGAACGAAACUAUGAGGGUGGAACAGUAUAGCAAACAGUAUAGUAUAGAACAAAUACGUAGCAACAUCCGGGCUCAGAUUUUUCCAAACCAACACAAAGUUAACAAACAGAAAUUUAUGAAUAGAUUGAUUGGAAUAACCGAAUCGGAUACAACGACGUUUAACUGCAAUUAUUACAAGCAACACGCGACAUUAACAUAAUCGAUCACUCGCUAUACUUUCCACCCAGAAUCGAUCGAGAAUGCACAAAGGAAUUUUCAUGGGAAACGAACGGCUUCUACUUUACGGUCUACGGUUAGAUGGAUAGAAACUUUUGAGAGCCAACGUUGAAUUCUCUACCCCCCUUUUUUAAACGUAUACACUUGGAAGUUGCCGUGCCCCGUGUUCAUCGUAAACGUACUUACACUUAAUAACGCCAAAACGUACGGUUGUUUAAGGGAACGCGGCCGAAUUAUAUCUUCCAGAAACUCCGCGUCGCUCUCCGCCCGAGACGAGUUCCGUUUCGCUGUAUUUGCAUUCAUUUGAAUGUUUAUCGAUUUCUAGUCCUCGGUGUUACACUUAAUCUUAAGUUCAAUCCUCGGUUCUAGUCAACAGCGGUUUCUUUAGUUUUCUGUAAUCAUUGUUUUCGCUUAAGUCACCCGUUUCGGUGAGAGGAACCCUUCGUGACUCGUUACUUAAUAUCUUUUAGUACUUUUGUUCCUUUCGUCCACUACUCUUCCGUCCGGUGGCGCAACCAGAAUUUUCAAACAGGGCCUGAGCAGAGUUCUUUUGCAUCUCUAUCGCUGAAUGAAAAUAGUUAACCAUCUGCUAUUCCAGAAAAAUAAUUACACAUUCGUGUUGCUCCUCUGCCAUUAUUUUGAAUAUUUUGUAAAUUCACAAAAUAGACAUUCAGGACACCCCCUAGCCCACUGGUUGCGUUACUGCUGUGGUCCGAUCGAGGACCAUUGUUUUCAGGGCUGAUGGCCAAAAGUUCGA